AUGAACGCCGACGAUAGCAAUUCCAAAGCUACCAUUCUCUUAAUGGGAUUAAGAAGAGGUGGGAAAUCUUCUAUCUGUAAGGUAGUUUUCCACAAUAUGCAGCCUCUGGAUACGCUGUAUUUGGAGUCAACUUCGAAUCCUACAAUGGAACAUUUUUCCACGUUGAUAGACCUGGCGGUGAUGGAGCUGCCCGGUCAAUUGAACUAUUUUGAACCCAACUACGAUUCCGAAAGACUUUUCAAAAGCGUGAGAGCGCUAGUGUAUGUGAUCGACUCGCAAGACGAGUAUAUGAACGCCCUGACGAACCUGGCGAUCAUCGUGGAGUAUGCCUACAAAGUGAAUCCGGAGAUUAACAUUGAAGUUCUGAUACACAAAGUAGACGGUUUGAGCGAAGAUUUCAAGGUGGAAACGCAGCGUGACAUUAUGCAGCGGACCGGAGAAGAACUUUUGGAACUGGGCCUUGACGGUGUCCAGGUCAGCUUUUACCUGACGUCUAUUUUUGACCAUUCGAUCUACGAAGCUUUUUCACGCAUAGUGCAGAAAUUGAUCCCGGAACUGCCCUUUCUCGAGAACAUGCUAGACAACCUGGUGCAGCACUCCAAAAUCGAAAAGUGCUUUUUAUUUGAUAUCAACUCCAAAAUAUACGUAUCCACAGAUUCGUCGCCCGUUGAUAUUGUGAUGUAUGAGACGUGUGCUGAGUUCGUAGACGUCACCAUCGACCUGCACGAUCUCUACAAGAUCUCGAACGGUGCCGAAACUGGUGCUCAAGAGUCUGCUGCGGCAAUCACUCGACCCCACAGAGAGGUCAAAAGCGUUUCUGCGCUGAACAAUGGUGUUGUCAUAUAUUUGCGUCAAAUGAUCCGUGGGCUGGCCCUGGUGGCCUUGAUAAGACCCGACGACACAGAUGUCGAAAGCUGUUUGACCGUGGUCGACUACAACGUUGACAUUUUCAAGAAGGGCCUGGAGCAAGUGUGGGCUCACGCCCGCAUCGAACAAGCGCCAACCCCGGACGGAAACAAGUCCUAG